UCCCCCUCCGCCCGGUGCAUGCACCAGCGCAGCCGCGACCAUGACGGGCAUCGCCGCCGCUUCUUUCUUCUCCAACUCCUGCAGGUUCGGGGGCUGCGGGCUCCAGUUCGAGUCUCUGGCCGAGCUCAUCGUCCACAUCGAGGAUAAUCACAUCGACACAGAUCCGCGGGUUCUGGAGAAGCAGGAGCAACAGCAGCCCACUUAUCUGGCCCUAAGCUACAUAAACAGGUUCAUGACGGAUGCGGCACGCCGGGAGCAGGAGACCAUGAAAAAGAAGGCCACGCCCAAACUGUCCCUGUCCAUCACGGGCGGAGUGUCCAGGAACAGCACGGCCACGCCCCCUCGCCACACAAGCGGUAACCUGACGCCGCCCGUCACGCCCCCUAUCACCCCGUCUUCCUCCUUCCGCAGCAGCACACCUACAGGCAGUGAGUAUGAUGAGGAGGAGGUAGACUACGAGGAGUCGGACAGCGAUGAGUCGUGGACCACAGAAAGCGCCAUCAGCUCCGAGUCCAUCCUCAGCUCCAUGUGCAUGAACGGGGGAGAGGAGAAGCCGUUUGCCUGCCCCGUCCCCGGCUGUAAGAAGAGAUACAAGAAUGUGAAUGGUAUCAAGUACCACGCCAAGAACGGCCAUCGCACGCAGAUCCGCGUGAGGAAACCCUUCAAGUGUCGCUGCGGUAAGAGCUACAAGACGUCGCAGGGCCUGAGACACCACACCAUUAACUUCCACCCGCCCGUCUCCACCGAGAUCCUGCGCAAGAUUCAGGGCUAGAGCCGCUCGCUCAACUGCCCCAAACAAAGCCCUGUUCUCCCCUGACUCUCCUCACCCCCACCCUCCUACUCCCCAUCCCACACACUAAAGGAUCAAGUGCAUGCUUUAAGUUGUUCUUCAAUUCUUUUUUUUUUUUUUUUUUUAAACUUAAUGUUUCUGUUACAUUAUUUUUUACUAUCCAUGGUAUAUCACUUGUAUUUUUGAAAAACAAAAAAUGUAUCUUUGUAGUAUUUUUAUCGUUGUACAUUUGCACAUUCGUAUAUGCUAUCACGUUAUUUUUGUUUCUAUCGUUUGACUCUCAUUAAGGUGCUAACUGUAAAAAACAACAGAAAGAAAAAGACAAAAAACAAAUGAAAGAAGUAGGGGAGUAAAAAGGAGUCGCGAAACA